CAAACCUUAAUGGGCUUUAUCCCCUUCCCUUCCAUCAUUUUCUUUCAUUUCAUUCACAACCCAAUCCUUAAACCCUCUUCCCCGGCAUCCCUCCAUCAAACAAAUUGAGUGGCAAAACCCUAACAAGAAAAAGGAUUCAUUUUCUCAAUUUGAUUUGAUAAAUUUUAUUUUGGACAGAAAAUAUUGAAUUUGUUCAAUUUAUUCUAUUCAAAUGCUUGAGAUAUAAGACUCUGCUGCUUACAAUGCAAAACCCAAAGCUAAGAGGGCUCCUUUUGGGAUUCAAUUUCACUAACGCCAGAACCACCACCUUGUUUGAUUCACUCCUUUUCCUACUCACAAAUUCUUCGUCUUCUACUUCUUCUAAUGCAAGGUUUUGUCUCCCUAAAAGACGUCGUUUCUGCGGGUACGCUGCAGAGCAAUUCUCAGAUGAUGAAUACGAGUGCGAUUUUGAGAGCCACAAGGCCUCGUCUUCUGUUGCCAACAUAGAUGAAUGGAAAUGGAAGCUCAGCAUGUUGUUACGCAGUGAAAAUGACCAAGAAAUUGUUUCUAGAGAUAAAAGAGAUAGGAGAGACUAUGAACAGAUUUCCAACCUUGCUAAAAGGAUGGGACUUUACAGUGAAAUGUAUGGGAAAGUGGUUGUUGCAAGCAAGGUUCCACUGCCUAACUAUAGGCCAGAUUUGGAUGAUAAACGGCCACAACGGGAGGUUGUUGUACCGUUAGGCUUGCAAAGGAGGGUUGAGGGUUUACUGCAAGAAUACCUUGAUCGACUGCAGUUAAAUUCUGGGAAGGUCAGAAAGAAUUCAGAUGAUGUGAAUUCCAUUGAUCAAGCUGAAUAUCUGAACCCUGAUGAGAAUCCAGAUUCUUUCUUGGAUAACUCUGUUAUGGAAAAGGUUCUUCAAAGGAGGAGUUUGCGACUGCGUAAUAUGCAAAGAGCUUGGCAGGAAUCACCUGAAGGCAAGAAGAUGAUGGAAUUUCGGAAAUCUCUGCCUGCAUUCAAGGAAAAGGAAAGGCUUCUUCAAGCAAUUGCACGUAAUCAGGUCAUAGUGAUAUCAGGGGAGACUGGAUGUGGCAAGACCACUCAACUUCCACAAUACAUACUGGAGUCAGAAAUAGAAACUGGUCGUGGAGCAUUCUGUAGCAUAAUUUGCACACAGCCUCGAAGAAUAUCUGCUAUGGCAGUUGCAGAAAGAGUGUCUGCUGAAAGAGGAGAGCCUCUCGGGGAAACAGUUGGUUAUAAAGUUCGGUUGGAGGGUAUGAAAGGGAAAAAUACCCAUCUGCUUUUUUGUACCAGUGGUAUUUUACUUCGCCGGCUGCUAAGCGACCGGAACUUGAAUGGUAUAACACAUGUUUUUGUUGAUGAAAUUCAUGAGCGAGGAAUGAAUGAAGAUUUCCUACUUAUUGUGUUGAAGGAUCUUCUUCCACGCCGUCGAGAUUUGAGAUUAAUUUUAAUGAGUGCCACCUUGAAUGCUGAGCUCUUCUCCAAUUAUUUUGGUGGGGCACCUAAAAUUCACAUUCCGGGCUUUACAUAUCCAGUCAGGGCACAUUUUCUGGAAGACGUGCUGGAAUUUACUGGAUAUAAGUUGACUUCUUUCAACCAAAUUGAUGAUUAUGGCCAAGAAAAAAUGUGGAAAAUGCAGAAGCAACUUGCUCCACGGAAAAGGAAAAACCAGAUUACUGCUCUUGUAGAGGAUGCUCUGAACAAACCAAGCUUUGAGAAUUAUAGUUCAAGGGCACGUGAUUCUCUAGCAUGUUGGAUGCCUGAUUGCAUAGGAUUCAAUCUUAUUGAGGCAGUUCUAUGCCAUACAUGCCGAAAGGAAAGACCAGGUGCUGUGCUAGUAUUUAUGACUGGUUGGGAAGAUAUCAGUUGUUUAAGGGAUCAACUUAAAGCUCAUCCCCUUUUGGGAGAUCCUAACAGGGUUCUGCUUGUAACAUGCCAUGGUUCCAUGGCAACAUCUGAACAGAAAUUAAUAUUUGACAAACCACCUCCUAAUGUACGUAAGAUUGUUCUUGCUACAAAUAUGGCAGAGGCAAGCAUUACCAUAAAUGAUAUAGUUUUUGUGGUAGAUUGUGGAAAAGCAAAAGAGACCACUUAUGAUGCUUUGAAUAAUACACCCUGUCUGCUACCUUCCUGGAUAUCUCAAGCAUCAGCUCGGCAAAGAAGGGGUAGGGCUGGUCGUGUGCAGCCAGGUGAAUGCUACCACCUAUAUCCCAGAUGUGUUUAUGAAGCUUUUUCUGAGUAUCAACUUCCUGAACUUUUAAGAACUCCCUUGAAUUCUCUCUGCUUGCAAAUAAAAAGUUUGCAGGUAGAAAGCAUUGGAGAAUUCUUGUCAGCAGCUUUGCAAGCACCAGAACCAUUGGCUUUAGCUGGGACAGCAAAGUCUAGAUUUUCUGCGAAAGACUACAGUGAUCACAUGGCUCUUGUCCGUGCCUAUGAAGGCUGGAAAGAUGCAGAAAGAGAAGGAUCAGCAUAUGAGUAUUGUUGGAGAAACUUCCUGUCUGUACAAACUCUUCAGGCUAUUCAUUCUCUUCGGAAACAAUUUAGUUUCAUUCUAAGAGAAGCUGGCUUGGUAGAUGCUGAUGCUGGCUCCAACAAUAAAUUAAGUCACAACCAGUCUCUGGUUCGUGCUGUCAUAUGCUCUGGACUCUUUCCUGGAAUAGCAUCUGUGGUGCACAGAGAGACAUCGAUGUCUUUUAAAACAAUGGACGACGGCCAGGUUUUAUUAUACGCUAAUUCUGUGAAUGCACGUUACCAGACAAUUCCUUACCCAUGGCUAGUCUUUGGUGAAAAAGUAAAGGUCAAUACAGUUUUCAUACGUGAUUCCACUGGUGUAUCUGAUUCUAUAUUGAUGCUCUUUGGUGGUGCUCUAAGCUGUGGGGUACAGGCUGGGCAUUUGAAAAUGUUACAAGGAUAUAUUGAUUUCUUCAUGGAUUCUAGCUUGGCAGAGUGCUACUUGAAGCUCAAAGAAGAACUUGAUAGACUUAUUCAGAAGAAGCUUCAAGAUCCUAGCAUUGAUAUUCACAAGGAAGGAAAGUACCUCAUGCUUGCAGUUCAAGAGCUAGUGUCAGGAGAUCUAUGUGAAGGGAGAUUUGUUUUCGGCCGUGAAUGCAGGAAGCCCAAGGAUCCCAAUGACAACAGUAGAUUCGCAAGGGAUGGAACAAAUCCAAAGAGCUUGCUACAAACUUUGUUGAUGAGGGCAGGGCAUUCACCUCCAAAAUACAAGACGAAGCAUCUUAAGACAAAUGAGUUUAGGGCAUUAGUGGAAUUCAAAGGAAUGCAGUUUGUGGGAAAGCCUAGGAAAAACAAGCAGCUUGCUGAAAGGGAUGCUGCUAUAGAGGCAUUGGCAUGGUUAACUCAUACCUCUGACAACAGUCGUGAUGAAGAUGAUUCCCCUAUUGAUGUCACUGACAACAUGCUAAAACUUCUUGGGAAGCGUCGAAGAUCAAAACGCCGAUAGGUUUAUUUAUUUAUUUUUGGCAUGUGUUUAGGCGGCCUGGGAUCUGUGGUUUAAACAAAGAGGAACUCUGGAUAUCCAGUGUUGAUUACAGCUCCAAUUGUGUCAUCAAUUCUUUAUCUAAAGCGUUUGAGAUUUACAGUGAUUAGGGGGCCUUGAAAGAGGAAGGGCAGAGUUUCUGCUUCAGUUGUAUGAACUUAUUGGUGAAAGAGAAUCAAGAUCUCUAUAAAAUUCAUGAUGUAUAAGUAAGGUAAAUCUCUUAUAAGCUUUGACUGUAUUAGAAGCCGAUGGUUGCAUGUACGUGCAUGUAAACUAUGUAAAGAAUUUAAUAAAUAUGACUUUAUUUAUUAAAUUAUGGAUGAAUGCCUUUUUUGAAGGUGGCUGGGCAAAGUUUUAUUCUGAUUACUACUUACUGAGAAACGAAUAUGUUAUUUUUAAAUGGAAUGAUUAUACGGUCAUAUGAUGCUUUUAAUUUCAAAUAUGAAAGUUUAAAUUUUGACAAUCUUAAAUAAAAAAAAAAUGUUGGUUCAAGAUA